UUCUCAAAAAAGCACUCAACAUCUCAGUUAUCAAAACGAAAAAGAACGAGUAAAUAGUGCAAUUAGUACAAGCAAUAAACAGAGCAAAAAGCUAAACCGUGUAGAUCAGAGCCAAAUUGUAGGAAGCAAAAAACAGAGGAAGAUGGAGAAAAAGAAUGAAGCAUUAACAGUUGAGAAACUAACACAAAUAGAGAAGUGGCUAAGGAAGCACAAAUUGCAGUACACUACAGCCACCAGACACCCUUUUAUUAAUAGCAUACAUGAUGCUUCUAUCGACUUCUCUUCCUUCAAGAUAUGGCUGGGAAGGGAAUAUGUGUUUGUGAAAACGGCGUUGGCACCAUUUGCAGCUAGUGUAUUGCUUAAAGCUUGGAAGGAGUCCGAAUAUAGCUCUGACGUAGAAGUCAUGUUGGCUGAGUUAACCUAUUUGAAUGACAAAAUAUCAUGGUUAAAAGAAGAAGCUCCCAAGUGGCACAUUUCCUUGACCAGUGUUGUUGUUGAUCACAACCCCAUCCUUGAUUACUUUAGGUUUUUUGAACGUUUGACGAGCUCAGACGAGAAGUAUACAGAGGCAGUAACCAUUUUAUGGGCAGUGGAAUCAGUAUAUCACUAUGGUUUUGCGCAUUGUUUGAAAGAAGGCAAUAGCACUCCAGAAGAAAUGAAGGCAGCUUGUAAGAAAUGGGCCAACGAGAGUUUCAAACAACAUUGUCAAUCCCUUGAAACCAUAGCUAAUAACAGGCUAGAACAGGCCUCGGAGGAAGUAGUUUCAAAGUCCGAGGUUUUGUUCCUCGAGUUACUUGAGAAUGUGGUUGGUUUCUGGAACAUGAACCUUGGUUGAAACUACGUUUGUUCAGUAUUAGUCCAACGUUUAUUGGAUUUUGAGGAGCAUGCAGAUCUUAUCGCUACGUACCUUCUUGUUGUGUUGAUCUACUAAUUUCCCUGCACAGCAUGUUGGAAUCGAGUCAAAAAAUUGAAUGUAUUUGGGUGUGUAAUUAAGUACAUGCAUGGAACAUAAGUAUAGUAGUGUACUGUGUUGUUGGUUAACAGUGAGAUUGUGGCUUCCCUUUUCAUCAUUUUCCUUUGGUUUUUCCAAUAAAAUUCAUGGGACCGUCUUUUACCC